AGGCCCUCGACCGCCUAAAAGCUUAGCUGGUCCUAAGGCUGCCGCCCCUAUUGAGUAGAUGGAAAUUAAUCUGAUGCACCCUACAGAAUCGCUGUGCAGACAAAGGAGGGCCGAAAUUGUUGACUGACCAAAGUCGUGGUCGCUGAUCCAAGUGUUGUGGGGCGGGCAUAUAAAUCUGUUGAGUGUGGCCACCCCCAACGUCCCUGAAUAUGUAUACCUGUGCAAAGUUUAUCUCUGCUCCCGCCCUUAUAAAGGACAGUUCCCGGCUGCUCUGUAGGCCCAUCUCUGCCUCUGUGCUGAACAGGCCUGAGGUCAGGACGAAGGAGCCUUGUUGUCUCUCAGGUGCUCACAAUGAGCUCUUGCCAGUGUUGCGCCGGGAGUUCCAAACCAGCACUGUUUCCAGGGACAUUGAUACUGCCGCCAAGUUUAUUGGUGCUGGCGCUGCCACCGUAGGUGUAGCUGGCUCUGGUGCUGGCAUCGGGACCGUAUUUGGCAGUCUUAUCAUUGGCUAUGCCAGAAACCCUUCCCUGAAGCAGCAGCUCUUCUCCUAUGCCAUCCUGGGUUUUGCACUCUCUGAGGCCAUGGGGCUGUUCUGCUUGAUGGUGGCAUUCCUCAUUCUCUUUGCAAUGUGAAGGAGCCAGAUGUGCUGCCUGUCAUGUGCUGUCCUCUCUUUCCCCCCUGUGUUUAGUCCAGUGUGUACGACAACCUGAUUGUUCUGUGGCAGAUAGGGAAAGCCCAUCUGUUAACCAAAUCUGUCCAGCUCAGAGGGGGCAAGUCAAUAAAUACUGUAUUGGUAUACA